GUCAGGAGGAGAGACUAGGCACUGGGCUACAGUUGCCUGGCUCACAGCAACUGGCUCUUGUCCUUAAGCCCCAGUAAGCAGCCCACUCCAGUUCUUGAUCUUUGUCUCCUAGUCCUGAGGGCCUUUCUCUCCUUGGGCUGCGCUCUGAAGGGCUUUCACUCCACAGCCCUUCGGAGUGGCUGUGAGCACUUUCUCAGUAUGAACUGUAUAUCAGACUUCUUCACCUACGAGACUACCAAGUCAGUGGUCGUGAAGAGCUGGACCAUUGGGAUCAUCAACCGAGCCGUCCAGCUGCUGAUUAUCUCCUACUUCGUGGGAUGGGUUUUCCUGCACGAGAAGGCCUACCAAGUGCGCGACACCGCCAUUGAGUCCUCAGUAGUAACAAAAGUGAAAGGCUUCGGACGCUAUGCCAACAGAGUCAUGGACGUGUCAGAUUAUGUGACCCCACCCCAGGGCACUUCUGUCUUUGUCAUCAUCACCAAAAUGAUUGUUACUGAAAACCAAAUGCAAGGAUUCUGUCCAGAGAAUGAGGAGAAGUACCACUGUGUGUCUGACAGCGAGUGUGGACCUUCUCGCUUCCCGGGUGGGGGGAUCCUCACUGGCCGGUGCGUGAACUACAGCUCUGUUCUUCGGACCUGUGAGAUCCAAGGCUGGUGCCCCACCGAGGUGGACACUGUGGAGAUGCCUAUCAUGAUGGAAGCUGAGAACUUCACCAUUUUCAUCAAGAACAGCAUCCGGUUCCCUCUCUUCAACUUUGAGAAGGGAAACCUCCUGCCUAACCUCACCGACAAGGACAUAAAGAGGUGCCGCUUCCACCCCGAAAAGGCCCCAUUUUGCCCCAUCUUGAGGGUAGGGGAUGUGGUUAAGUUUGCUGGACAGGAUUUUACCAAGCUGGCCCGCACGGGUGGAGUUCUGGGCAUUAAAAUCGGCUGGGUGUGCGAUCUGGACAAGGCCUGGGACCAGUGUAUCCCCAAAUAUUCCUUCACUCGGCUGGAUGGAGUCUCUGAGAAAAGCAGUGUUUCCCCUGGCUACAACUUCAGGUUUGCCAAAUACUACAAGAUGGAGAACGGCAGCGAGUACCGCACGCUCCUGAAGGCUUUUGGCAUCCGCUUUGAUGUGCUGGUCUAUGGGAACGCUGGCAAGUUCAACAUCAUCCCCACCAUCAUCAGCUCGGUGGCUGCCUUCACGUCUGUGGGAGUGGGGACUGUUCUCUGUGACAUCAUCCUGCUCAAUUUCCUCAAGGGGGCUGAUCACUACAAAGCCAGGAAGUUUGAGGAGGUGACUGAGACAACACUGAAGGGUACUGCCUCAACCAACCCAGUGUUUGCCAGUGACCAGGCCACUGUGGAGAAGCAGUCUACCGACUCGGGGGCCUAUUCUAUUGGUCAUUAGGGCCUCUUCCCAGGGUCCCAUGCUCACCCUUGGGCUGAAGAACCUUUAACAGGCCACUCUAUCUAAGCAGACAGAGGUGGGAGGGGAGAUAAGAGAGGCUCUUAUUUCUGAUGUUCACCCUAAAGACCACAUCCAGGUCCCUAGGCCCUCAGAGUUCAGCAGACAGGCAAUGCUUCCCACUAAGACCUGAAUCUUGCCUUUACCCCUUGCAUGCCUCCCAUCUGCUUCCCUGGGUCCCAGGACAGCAGCAUCCAUCCCUUUCUGAAAGAUAGAGAAAACGGUAGCUAAGGCUAUAUCCAUAGAACCUACCAUGUACUACUAUAGGCACUUCCAUAUACAUUAUCUCUUUGCACCCUUAAAAUAAUCCUGUAGGGUAUCUUUGGGGGGGUUGUUUUCCUUUUUGUUUGUUUGUUUGUUUGUUUUUAAGAGAAGCAAAGGCCCAGGGAGACUGAGUCAUUUGCCCCAGGCCAUGUAGCUAGGAAGUGAGAUUUACAGCCAGCUUUAACCCCUUUGCUUACAUCCAUGGUAGAAGAAUGAACACGCUAGGUGUCUACUCUUCUGUGUCUGUUGCCUUUCCCUGCCUUCCCAUGAUGUCUGACAGUGAGCUUCCUCAAGAAUGCGGGCCCUACUCUAGCCCAGAGCAAUGCAAUAUAAACUCUCAUUUCCGAUGUGGCCAAGUCCAGCUUCAGAAGGAAAUAGGAGGUGUGGCUGUCAAUGGAUUUUUCCUUGCCUCACCCCAUAUCUCAAGCUCAAGCUGAGGAAUAGACCUUUAUUCUCCCAUUAGGUCCUCACAGAUCCACACGUCUGGACGCCCCCUCCAGAAUCUAGACAGAAGACACACACAUACAUGACUGACAAGAGGCAAUUUCUAAACCUAGCACCAUGCCCCAAGACAUCAACUGUCCUAGUUUACAGCAUUGUUGGAAAGCCACAGUUAGGGGCUGGGGAUGUAGUUGAGUAGGUAGAGUAUGUGUCUAGCAUGAUAGCCCUAGGGCUAACCUGCAGCACUUCAUAAGCCUAACAUGGUGGUACAGACUUGUAAUCCUAGCACUCAGGAGGUAGACAUGGAGGAUCAAAAGUUCCAGUUUAUCCUUGGCAACACAAUAAGUUUGAACACAGCCUGGGACUCAUAAAACCAUUUCAAAAGACAAGUAGGGGAGGCCCAGUAAGAUCCUGUACCCUGUGAGCACUCAGCCAGGUCAGCCAAGUCAGCCAAGUCAGCCAGGCCUGUUUUCACAGGAUCAGUGAGAAGCUAAAGGGGCCUCAUAAACCAUCAUGACCAGCCCUCCUGCUUACAGAUCACUAACCCUGAGACCAAAAAUGAAAAAAAAAAAUGGCUUGCUUUGUGCCAUUGUGAGGGGCCACAAGAGGACACAAGUGCAUUAUGAGCAGAAGACAAGUUCACGUUAUCUCCAUUGCCCAGUUGUCCCAUCUCCUUUCUAAGUUUUUAAAGAAAACAGGAGAUGUAGAGGAAACUAAAUUAUAGAGGGCAAAGUUCAAGGACAGAUCAAGGUUUAGGAAGAAGCAGCUUGAGAGGCUCUUCUGGUUUGGCUUGGAUAUUUGGCUGAUUGGUUAUUUGGUUGGUUGGUUAUUUGGUUGGUUGGUUGGUUGGUUGGCUGGUUGCUUGGUUGGUUUUGAUAAAAAGACUUUCCUAUGUAUUCCUGGCUAGCCUCAAUUUACAGAUAUCCUCCCUCAACUCAACUCUUCCCCAGUAUUGGGAUUUACAGGCAAGUGCCAUCAUAUAGCUGGGGGCAUCUCUGUUAAAAGAUUAUAUAAUUAUGUAUCAGAAAACUUCAUGCAAAUGAGUGGGCCUGAGGUAUAAGUGUAAUUAGUAUCAGGGCCAAUCUGCCUCUUAAACAUGAGCACGAUGCUGAGAGCUUAACAGAGAUGAGCAUGCAUGCACACAGAGGGCUGGCCCCUCACUGGAAGGUGUGCAGAAAUGUGGGAGAGGGAUAGUCUAGGAGGACCGCAGGAGUGCUCACACAGCCCCAGCCCCAGUGAUCCCCACCCACCAGCUUCAUCAAUUCUUCCUUCCCUCUGCUUGCUCACAGCCCCAUCAUUACAGGUGAUGGGGUACUGUUUCCCUAGUACCAGCGUCAAGUCAUGGGUAGUAUGCAGAUACCUGGCCAGGCUUCAUCUCUCCAAGAGAGACAUCAGCAGAGGAAAGAGCACAGCCUCCAAGGAGAAGGCUUAUAGUCCCCUUGGACUGAGGCUGAGUUCACCAGGAUGCACCCUAGAAGAAGAUGGAGACACUGUCCUAAGAGGAUUCUGUACCCCAGGCUAGGAUAAUUCUCCUCCAGGUGCCUAAGCCUCUUCUGGGCCUUCAAUAAGUGUGUAAACUCCCUGCUGUACUCCUGUUGUCUGAACCAAGUCCACUUCUAUGUGCUAUAUGUCAGCUAACAGUAGAAAUCACAACAGCCAACUUGUGUCUGAUACACUGUGGUUUACUCAGCGACAUCCCUAACAUGGUCACACAGGCCCUGACCACACCUGGGGAGGUUUCUGUGGUUUGUUAUUAAUCUUGUUUGGAAGGAAAACAAAUAGACAGUUCUUGGAACUAGAGAGGAAAUCUAUGUUCACUCUCAAGGCUACAUGGCUCAGCAUACACACUGUCAUUCAGAGGUGGAGAGGCUCACCUUUGGCAAGUGUGGGCUCAUUCAUUGUAUGACAGGCAUUACUUAAUUUAAUCAUCAUUUUA